UACACGCAUUUAUCGGUAAUGCAAUAACAAAAGGCACAGGACUAAGCUUUGAAGGUAUUAAAAACAAAUACAAAGGGAAAAUGAAUGCAAAAAUCGCGUUAAUAGUGUCAAGUUUUGCUUGUGUUUUGAACACAGUUGGACUGGCUAUACCCUACUGGCUUUAUGCCUCCGCAUCCAACUCCGGUGUGUCAGAAGAAAUAUACUUCGGGCUUUGGAAACUGUGCAUAAAGGGGCAAGGCAGUGGACAAAGCAUAAGCGGAUGUUUUGGUUUUGAUGAACGAGGACUGGACUUGCCCACGGUGAUAAUCACCACCCGGGCCGUGGAGAUCAUUGCUGUUGGUUUAAUGUUCUCCGCAACAUUAUGGGCGGCCGUCAAAAUCGCUCUAAAGAGGACUGUUCUCUACACCAAAAUAUCAGGCAUCAAGUGCAUCAUUGCAGGCGUUCUGGCUAUCGUGGGAUGUGUUCUAUUUGCUAUAAAUGACGAUGUAAAGAACUUGCUGAAAAACGGCCAACAAGUACAUUUGCAUGCUGGCUUUGCUCUAUGCAUCGUUGCGGGGAUUGCUAGUCUUGUCGCGGGGGUCAUAUACAUCAUUGCCCGACCCCCAGAGCAGCAGACCGGCGGGGCGCAUUCAGUUUAUAACAAGUUCUAGGUUGUAAAGAUGCAUAUACGUUAUGUGUUAAUAUCGGUAUAUUAUUGUAAAAAAAUCAUUUACAUCUUUGUGUUGAAAUUAUUUUGUUUGUUUUUUCAUUGAAUUACUCUUUUUUGUCU